UUACAAGUCGAGCUCGGGGAACCAAAAAAAAAAAAAAAUCAAUUAAAUUAUCUUUCAUAAACCCGAUUCGACUUUGAUUGGAUAACCACUGCAAUUAGUUAUUCUCGCAUCUGUAUCACCACCCUACCUCCUGUAUUUUACCCAGCAGCAAGAGUAUCUGCCCUUCCCCGUGUUUUUGUGUUCUUUCUCUGACUGUCCCAUUUUAGAGACGUUACAUGAGCAAACAUUUUCACACCAAAGUGGAUAUAUAUUAUGAAUCCUCGAACAAAAAGUAGUAUUUUGUUAGUUAACAUAUAUUCGAUGUCCAUUUUGUGAAAAGAAAAAAAGUGACAAGUCGUCUAUGAGACUAUGACAAUGAGGACUUAAUUUACACUUAUUCAUAUUUCAGAAAAAAUGAAAAAUGCAAAAAAAUCUUAUGUGACCUGCUAUAACGCAGCUGAAUGGCCAUUCCUUCCGCCAAAUGUGUCGACACCGAAGAAGAAGCUGGAAAGAAAACAGAAACUAAGUAAAAUAAGGAAUAAUUGUCUUUUAAAUCCUUAUAUUAUAGUUUCUGAAAUCUGAACAAGUUCUCAUACUAUGUUGUUGUUAGAAGAAAAGGUCCCUAUAUUUAUUAUAUUUUGAUCACACGAAACCGUUAUAUGUGACAUCAAACUUCACAAUGAGUCGGCAUACUUUAUCAAUCGAAUAUACAACUAGGCUUGUUUCUCCAUUUUUACCUAUGCCCUAUUUGUCAAAGUUAACAUGUAAAAAUGGCAAAUCAUCGAAAAAUGAAAUUGUGAUAUAUUAAAGAUUUUUUUUACAUUGUAACUCUUCAAUUCGAAAAGAUAUGAGCACCACCACCAACUAAUCGGUUCAUCUCUAUGCAUCAUUCGUCAUAUGUUUUUUCCUAUUACUCCUCGCAUUCUCUAUAAGCUUGCGCUCUUAUCCUGAAAACCAAGAUUAUCAAUAAAAUAUUAUGUUAAUUUUUUUUGGGAUAGUUCACAAUUGAAAUUCUAUUGGUAAGAUUGGGACUGGGAGUGAGACUCUCAAAUGGAUUAACCAUUUUUUUCACUAGUAACUCAUAUUUUCGUUAGGAAUUAACUUCAUGACUGACAAACUUUCAUCUACUACAAGAGUUCUAAAACAAAUUGCAAAAGUUUGAGGAGAGGAAGUAUGCCACAGAGAAAGGAAAGAUCUUCAAAAUUUGUCAAAGAGGGGGGGGGGGGGGGGGGAUUAAGAAAAUCACUGAUUAUUUUAUCAAAUAAAGGACUAGUUUUUAACUGUAACAAAGUACAUGGACUUGGUCGCUAUAAAUCAUCAGUGCGAGGGUUCAUUUGUCAGAAGACAUAGUAUGUGGACUCAAAAUGAUAAUAAAUCAUUUUAAAUAAAUCUACCGGCCUUUGUGAGGGGACGGCUUGGACAAUGAGAGCUCUUUCUCGCACGGCAUCACGUUGAUUGCCGAUUGGGCCCAAUCUUUUAGUAGGUCGACAGAAGUUUAAGAGAGAGAGAGAGAGAGAGAGAGUAGAGUAGAGAAAGCCAGCUCUCUUGGAAAGCUUUGGAUGAUUCAAUCAAUCCCACUCCGAUUCAGAUUAGAAAACUAAAAUAAUCUUCCGACAAAGGCAGAGAAUCGGGAGACGAAGCUUCUCUGGUUUCCGAUCUCUGUAGAGAUCCCCGGCGGCGGGUAUGGCGAUUCUCUACGCGCUCGUGGCGAGGGGAUCGGUGGUCCUAGCGGAGUUCAGCGCGACGGCGACCAACGCCAGCGCCAUAGCCAAACAGAUUCUCGGCAAGAUUCCUGGAAAUGACGACAGCCACGUCUCGUAUUCUCAAGAUCGCUAUAUCUUCCACGUCAAGCGCACCGAUGGCCUCACUGUUCUCUGUAUGGCCGAAGAGAACGCCGGAAGAAGAAUUCCAUUCGCGUUUCUCGAAGACAUUCAUCAGAGAUUUGUGAGAACUUACGGCCGUAGUGUUCACUCAGCUCAAGCUUAUGGUAUGAAUGACGAAUUCUCGAGGGUUUUGAGCCAGGAAAUGGAGUACUACUCCAGUGAUCCCAAUGCAGAUAGGAUGAACAGACUGAAAGGUGAAAUGAAUCAGGUGCGAAAUGUGAUGAUUGAGAACAUCGAUAAGGUGCUGGAGAGAGGCGAUCGCUUGGAGUUGCUGGUAGACAAAACAUCCAAUAUGCAAGGAAACACCUUCCGUUUCAGAAAGCAAGCUCGCCGGUUCAGAAGCACAACAUGGUGGAGAAAUGUGAAGCUGAUGAUUGCUCUGAUAAUCCUUCUCCUAGUGGUUAUAUAUGGUGUACUGGCUUUCGUCUGCCAUGGACUUACAUUACCUACUUGCUUGUAAAGAGGGCAACCGUUGAUUGCGACAUUUUGAUUGGCUUUUUGUGUGCUUACAGUGAAGUCAUUUUUUCUCAUCUCAGUUGGUUAUAUUUCAGAACUCUUUGGCAUACUUAAGUUUGUUGUUAGAAUUCGGGUUCGCAGCAAUGUGAAGCACUCAAUUGCUUGCUCGCAUGGUCUCUCUUGCUUGCACUGGUUCUGGUUUUGUAUGCUUCGUUUACCUUGUAAUCAUCAAAGAGUGAACUUAAGUGUUUUUAGCGAUGUAAAAAUCUGUGCUGCAUUUGGGGUUCGUGGUACUUUCUUUCCAGUCAAAAGUGGUUUUGGUUUGUAGAAAUUGUCAUUGAGCCUCUUUAGGCCUUUACUCUGCUAAUAGCUACUCUUUGCAAUUGGAGAUUGAAUCAGCAAGAUUAAUUGUUUCUCUAGACUCCAUUAUCAAAAAUUGUCUCUCUAGACUCAACUGGUGCUAUGUGCCAAAUAUGGUUUAAUUCAGGAUUUGAAACGAAAGAACUUGAGAGGUAGAAUUCAAGCACCAUUAUCAUAGCAGGCUGCGUAUUAUCUAUGAAUUUCAUAGCAGGCCUGCACUACGACAGCCGACUUUGGUUCUGUACCUUCCCUUGGACCUAAAUUCUUCCAUCGGAACCAAACUAGAAAUGAUCAAUUGCCUUUCGCGGCAUAAGAAGUAGGAACUUCGAAAUCCAUUUCAUGAAUUCUACACUGAACACAUACCGAUGUGAUGUGAAGAAUAGGAUCAAAUGAACUCGAGAAGAAGCAUGAAACAGUAAAGAUGUGACUUAUAUCUCGUAACUGGAUCGAAGUUCUCGUUACCGAAUCAAGGAAUUACCUUGAGUUGAAACACCUCAACUACUCGAACGGACGAAAACGAAUGUUGAGAGAAACCUGCGACCCUAGUGAUUCGGUGAAGCGGACUCGGAAAGGCGGGGACCGGCGGUCGGAAUGAAGGGACUGAGUCGCGCGGCCACCGAGCUGGCUGAAGAGAAAUGUGCGUUGACAAGUGGGGACUGUUAACAUGUUAUCCACGGGCCCGGGUUCGUUUGUAAUGGGCCCAAUAAAGUCGAAAAUCUGAGCAAGCGCCCUGGAAUGAGAUGAGGUCCAUAAAAUACUCAGACAUAGCGGGCCCAAUUCGUCAUCUGAAUAAUUAACUCUCACGGCAAGUGUUUAAUAACCAAUAACUAAUUCACAAAAAAAAUCACUAAAGAGUAUACCGGAAUAAUAAAUAAUUGAACCUUCAAAAAAUGUCAGUUGCUCUUCGAAGUAUCAACAAUUUUUUUUCUAUUCAUUCAUGAAAAAAAUGUAUUCAUUUUUAUCUUCUAAUAUAUUUGCAAAACAUAUCAUAAUCGGACUCGAAAAACUGCCUACAAAUUUUACAAUCUCUACUUUUUCCUCGUACAUCAAUCAAUAGCAAUAACUAGAAACACGUGCGAGGUAUCUGUUGGCCCUAAUCCUCGUGGGCCCAAGGUUCACGCAUAUGGCAGUCCAACUGAGUGAUUUCUAUUUCAAGAAGCCCAGUCAAUCUAUCAACCCAUAACGUCCUCUCGUAUCAAAUUCAUACACCGAACGACGUCGUACAGUGACAGUGAGACCACCGCCCCGGUCGCGUAGGGCGGAAAAACAAAAGUAAAAAAACACU